GCAGCAUAAUGUUCGUGCAGUUUUGAACUACAAGAGGGCGCUGCACACCCACAACGGGACCUCCGCGUUGCUUUCCCGACAGCCUCGCAUCAGUAUCCGGGAGACUAAUGCCUCGGAGCAACCAAAGUAAAACCUCCGCGGAUUGGCUUUAGCCUCGGCGCGGCCAUCUUACAUGUGCUCCGUAAUGGCAUUUUUGGCUUUAUCCCUGUGAGCCCGUCUCUAAUUCAUCGACUGAGCCGCGGCUUCCAGGCUUCGGGGGCGAUUGGAUCACAGUCCCUGCCGAAAGAGCCCCGAAUUGCGACUUGUCGUGCCCCAAAAUCAAGAUCCUGCCGACUGUCCAAUCAGAAGGCAAAUAACUAAUAUGCAAAUAUUAUGUGUCAUCAUCACGCUAGCGGCGGUGGAACCGCUGAGGUAGCCAGCACUGGUGGAACCAAAAAAACUUCGCAAAUAGCUGUUCUUUGGAAAUUAUUCCUUUUUAAUCUCUGCUUGGGGGGGAAGCCCGUUUUCACAGGGUCAUGAUGAGAUACUGCAUGCCAUUGCUUUGAUUGUCUGUAUGAAUGGAGCUGUCCUGGAUUUGCUGGUGAUUCGGUCUUGAGAAACGUGUUGCUUGUAACCUCGGGAGAAGCUGUGCUGAGCCCUGAAGCGGCAGGAUUACUGAUCCCAUGAUGGACUUUUUCGAUGAUGCUAAUCUCUUCGGAGGGGGAUUGGAUGGGCUGACGGACGACAGCUUUGCACAGACUGACCCGGUCUCUCUGGUGGAUGAGCUGGGCCUGGGUGCCGAGUUUGAGCCUCUGCAGGUGGAGCCUCUUGGCCAGGUGAAGCAGCCGGGGAACUCCCCCUCCCAGCCUGGCCUCUGCUUUGAGCAGCAGAUGAGUCAGUUUGAGCCCUUGAAGGGUCACCACCACCACCACCACCACCGGCAGCAAGGGGGACAGCCCUUCUCCAUCCCCAACGAAAGCAACAACAAUGUGCUGCCCCGGCACUCCCAGUACACUGCUUCCCCGGUGCACCAGCCAAGCCAGUCGAACGGGUUGUUCCCAGAUGUGGCGGACGGAAGCCCGAUGUGGGGGAACCAGAACGGAGCUCAGUUUCACCAGCACCACGGGAACCUCCAGUCUUUGCAACCACAGCAACAGCAGCAGCAACACAGCAAAAGCUUUGCAGCACAUCAUGACUUUUCCUUAUUUCAGACCCUCCCCCGACAGCAGCAGCAGCACCGCCCUCCUCACACGCUACAGCGGCAACAACAACAACCGCCGCUCAACAAAAACGUCGGCCCGUUUAACCCUGGUGGCCAGGAGGCUGUGAACCAGUCUAACUCCUUUCUGGAAGUUCACAGCUCCUCACCCGUGGCCAACGUCCACCAGCCAGAUAGGCUGUCGAGCCACCCAGCUCCGUGUCAGGCCAGCCCGGCAGUUUCUGCGCACCACUUCUCCAACCCUGCGGCGAGUGUGUCCCUGUCUUUCCCGGGACAGUCAUCACCCUCCACCUUGAACUUGCCUGCUUGCUCAGUGAAUGCCAGCUCUCUGUUCCCACCUUCUCAGUAUUCCUUUUCUGGCACCUCAAACGGAGGCACGCUGCUGUCUUCCACCCCCGGCAGUGGUCACUCCCUUGGUGUGUCCGACUUCCCUGGAGGGAACGGAGCCUUUCCACUGAUGGCAGGGACCAACGGGGGAGCGUCGCUGCAGCCGAGUCGGUACCCGCAGGCUAUAAACCCCAGCUGCGAGAAUGCUUUCCAAACUAUGCAUUCGGGGCUGGGAAGCUUCAAUGGAUCUCCGAUGUCUACGGAAGACAUGAGCUGCUACCCGGCUGUGGUCAGUAGGUCCUCCGACACUCUGGGGCACGCUAUCCCCCCUGCGGAGAACCCUCUAGCCAGCAGCAACGGCUUUCCCAUGCUGGAGGAGCACUUGCUUCAGCAGGUGCAGAGUCACAGCGAGGCCUUUCCAGAGCUGGACACGGUCGGCCUCUUGGAGGAAGACCUGCUGCCCCAGUUCGAGGCCACCUUCGGCCCGCAGGAUCCCGGUUGCACGCAGGAUCCCGGUUGCACGCAGGACGAUUCGGGUUCCAGCGACUCCUGGCCAGAGGAGGGUAGCUCGCCAGGGGACUUUCAGGAACAGCCCCCUUCCUCUAAGAACACUAAUGGUUCAGGCUCCCAGUCCAAGCUGCACAGCCCCCAGGUGAGGAGCAGCCCGGUGUACUCUGAGAGGAGGCUGAAGAAGGCAGCGGCGGCGGCAGCUGUGAUGAUGGAGGUUCUCGUGGAGGACAAGCAGGAGAAGGCCAACCGCAUCAUCUCAGAGGCCAUCGCCAAGGCGAAGGAGCGCGGGGAGAAGAACAUCCCACGCGUCAUGAGCCCCGAGAGCUUCCCCAGCUCCUCCAGCGAGGCCCGGCAGGAGCGCAAGGCGGCACGCCGGCUCAAAUCCAAACCUAAACCCAAGGACAAGCUCUCCAAGAAGGCCAAGAGUGGCCCGUCCUCCAAAUCCAAGCAGAAGACCAAAAUCGGCUCCCCCUACUCAAAGAGGGACAGCAGCAGCAGCAACAGCAGCAAGCUCCCCCACUGCCGCAGCCUGUCGGUGAGCGGUGCCGGUACGAUGACCCCCAAGCCAACAGUACUGAGACCCGUGAACUCAACGAGCUCCCUGCACAAAAAAAUUGUUAUCAAAUUUGGUAAGAAGAAGAGGAAGAGCGAGUCCUCGGAUGAAGAGUCCGACAGCGAGCCGACGCCACGGCGCUCCUCGAAGGACGAUGACUCGAAGAGAAGAUCUAAUCGGCAAGUGAAAAGAAAAAAAUACGUAGAAGAGGGAGAGUGCAAGAUAUCAGACGAAGAGAAGAAAGUGACGGUGAAAGUGAAGAGGGCCGGCACUGCACCCCGCAAGGAGCACGCUCUGCAACUGUUCGUGGAGAACCCGAGUGAAGAAGAUGCAGCGGUCGUUGAUAAAAUCAUGUCUUCGAGGAGAGUGAAAAAAGAGGUCACACCAGGAGUGAUGGCUGAAGUUGAAGAGUUUUAUGUAAAAUACAAAAACUACUCCUAUUUGCAUUGUGAAUGGGCCACAGAACAACAGCUCUUAAAGGACAAGAGGAUUCAUCUGAAGAUUAAACGAUUCAAGAUUAAACAAGCACAAAGGGCCCACUUCUUUGCUGAUAUGGAGGAGGAUCCGUUCAACCCAGACUAUGUCGAGGUAGAUAGAGUGCUAGACGUCUCCUACUGUGAGGACAAGGACACGGGUGAGCCUUUGAUUUAUUACCUGGUGAAGUGGAGCUCGCUGCCUUAUGAAGACAGCACUUGGGAGCUGAAGGAAGACGUUGACCAGUCUAAAAUCGAGGAGUUUGAACUACUGCAGGCAGCCAGAGCAGACCCUCGAAGGAGGGAGCGACCUCCAGCCAACAUGUGGAAGAAAAAAGAGGAAUCCAGGGAGUAUCAAAAUGGAAACCAGCUCAGGGACUACCAGCUUGAAGGAGUGAACUGGCUUCUCUUCAACUGGUACAAUAGACGGAACUGUAUUCUUGCUGACGAAAUGGGCCUCGGCAAGACCAUCCAGUCCAUCACAUUCCUUGAAGAAAUCUACCUGACGGGAAUCCGGGGGCCCUUCCUGAUCAUCGCCCCCCUCUCCACCAUCGCAAACUGGGAGCGGGAGUUCAGGACCUGGACCCACCUCAACGUUAUCGUCUACCACGGCAGCAUGAUCAGCCGGCAGAUGCUGCAGCAGUACGAGAUGUACUGCAGGGAUUCCCAGGGCCGCGUGGUUCGUGGAGCGUACAAGUUCCAGGCCAUCAUCACCACGUUCGAGAUGAUCCUCGGAGGCUCCCCGGAGCUGAACGCCAUCGAGUGGCGCUGUGUGAUCAUCGACGAGGCUCACAGGCUGAAGAACAAGAACUGCAAAUUACUGGAGGGGUUCAAGCUCAUGAAUCUGGAGCACAAGGUGCUGCUUACAGGAACCCCGCUGCAGAACACAGUGGAGGAGCUUUUCAGCUUGCUGCACUUCCUCGAGCCAUCCCACUUCCCCUCCGAAUCCACCUUCAUGCAGGAAUUCGGAGACCUCAAGACCGAGGAACAGGUCCAGAAGCUCCAGGCCAUCCUGAAGCCCAUGAUGCUGCGGCGACUGAAGGAGGAUGUGGAAAAGAAGCUGGCUCCCAAGCAGGAGACCAUCAUCGAGGUGGAGCUCACCAACAUCCAGAAGAAGUACUACCGAGCCAUCCUGGAGAAGAACUUCUCAUUCUUGUCGAAAGGCGUGGGCCAGGCCAACGUCCCAAACCUGGUGAACACCAUGAUGGAGCUCAGGAAGUGCUGCAACCACCCCUACCUCAUCAAAGGGGCGGAGGAGAAAAUCCUGGAAGAUUUCCGCGAGACGUACAGCCCGGCUUCCCUGAACUUCCACCUGCAGGCGAUGAUCCAGUCCGCAGGGAAGCUGGUCCUCAUCGACAAGCUGCUUCCCAAGAUGAAGGCUGGGGGUCACAAGGUGCUCAUCUUCUCCCAGAUGGUGCGCUGCCUGGACAUCCUGGAGGACUACCUCAUCCAGAGGAGGUACCUGUACGAGCGGAUCGACGGCAGAGUGCGGGGGAACCUGAGGCAGGCAGCUAUCGAUCGCUUCAGCAAGCCCGACUCGGACCGCUUUGUGUUCCUGCUAUGCACCAGGGCUGGCGGGCUGGGGAUCAACCUGACUGCAGCCGAUACCUGCAUCAUCUUCGACUCGGACUGGAACCCCCAGAACGACCUGCAGGCUCAAGCGCGCUGCCACAGGAUUGGUCAGGACAAGGCGGUGAAGGUGUACAGGCUGAUCACCCGCAACUCCUACGAGAGGGAGAUGUUCGACAGAGCCAGCCUGAAGCUGGGCUUGGACAAGGCUGUGUUGCAGAGCAUGAGUGGGAGAGACAACAGCACUGGGGGGCAAAUGCAGCAGCUCUCCAAGAAGGAGAUUGAGAACUUGCUGCGGAGAGGGGCCUACGGGGCCAUCAUGGACGAGGAGGACGAAGGGUCCAAAUUCUGCGAGGAAGACAUCGACCAGAUCCUGCAGCGGCGAACCAAAACCAUCACCAUAGAGUCGGAGGGGAGGGGCUCCACUUUUGCAAAAGCCAGUUUCGUGGCAUCAGGGAACAGGACAGAUAUCUCUCUGGAUGAUCCAAACUUCUGGGACAAGUGGGCUAAGAAAGCAGAGAUUGAUAUGGAUGCCCUCAAUGACAGAAACAGCCUGGUGAUCGACACCCCGAGAGUGAGGAAGCAGACCCGGCCCUUCAGCGCCACGAAGGAGGAACUGGCAGAGUUAUCGGAGGGGGAGAGCGAGGGUGACGACAAGCCCAAACUGCGCCGGCCGCACGACCGCCUCAGCGGCUACGGCAGGACCGAGUGCUUCCGGGUCGAGAAGAACCUGCUGGUUUAUGGGUGGGGCCGCUGGAGAGACAUCCUGCAGCACAGCCGCUUCAAGAGGCAGCUGAAUGAGCACGACGUGGAAGUCAUCUGCCGGGCGCUGCUCUCCUACUGCCUGGUGCACUACCGAGGCGACGACAAGAUCAAGAGCUUCAUGUGGGACCUGAUCGCUCCCAGCGAGGACGGCCAGACCAAGGAGCUUCAGAACCACCUCGGGCUCUCCGCUCCAGUGCCCAGGGGCCGCAAAGGGAAGAAGAUGAAGACUCAGCCCAGCACUUUUGACAUCCAGAAAGCAGAGUGGCUGCACAAACACAACCCAGAACACCUGCUGCAGGACGAGGGCUAUAAGAAGCACAUCAAACACCACUGCAACAAGGUGCUGCUUCGAGUGAGGAUGCUGUAUUACCUGAAGCAGGAGGUAAUAGGAGACCAUUUCCAGAAGGUGAUUGACGGGGCUGAUUCCAGCGAGAUUGACAUGUGGGUUCCAGAACCGGACCACUCUGAACUUCCUGCUAACUGGUGGGAUGCAGACGCCGACAAGAAUCUCCUGCUUGGCGUCUUUAAGCAUGGUUAUGAAAAGUAUAGCACCAUAAGAGGAGAUCCAGCCCUGAGCUUUUUGGAGCGAGUGGGCAAGCCUGACGAGAAGGCAAUCGCCGCGGAGCAGAGGGCAAACGACUACAUGGAUGGAGAUGGUGACGACCCUGAAUACAAACCGGCUCCAGCGCUGCUUAAGGACGAGAUGGAGGACGACGUCUCGUCCCCUGGAGAGCUGAUCAUUGCAGACGGUAAUGGAGAUGGGCAGAUGAUGAUGAUGAUGGAAGGCGACACAAUAUAUUGGCCCCCUCCCUCUGCCUUAACCACUCGCCUGCGUCGACUCAUUACAGCCUACCAGCGCAACACCAAGAACAGGCAGGUCCGGCAGAUCCGGCAGAUCCGGCAGAUCCAGCAGGUGUACCCAGUGCAGCCCAGCGCCCUGCCGCCUGCACACCAGGAGCUCAUCAACCGCAAGAUAGCAGCAAAGAUAGAGCGGCAGCAAAGAUGGACCAGACGAGAAGAGGCAGAUUUCUACAGAGUGGUGUCCACGUUCGGAGUGGUGUUCGACCCAGAGCAGGGCCGGUUCGACUGGACCAAGUUCCGCGCCAUGGCCAGGCUGCACAAGAAGACGGACGAGAGCUUGCAGAAGUACCUGUGUGCUUUCUCAGCCAUGUGCCGAAGGGUCUGCCGUCUGCCUCCCAAGGAAGGAGAAUCUGCGGACCCGUCCAUCUCUAUCCAGGCGAUCACGGAAGAGCGAGCCUCGCGCACGCUGUACCGCAUCGAGCUCCUACGCAAGGUCAGGGAGCAGGUGCUGCGGCACCCCCAGCUCUACGAGCGGCUGCAGCUGUGCCACCCCAGCCAGGACCUGCCGGUGUGGUGGGAAACGGGCACGCACGACCGGGACCUUCUGAUCGGCGCAGCCAAGCAUGGAGUCAGCCGCACGGACUACCACAUCCUCCGAGACCCCGAGCUGAGCUUCAUGACGGCCCAGAGAAACUACAGCCAGAACAAAGGGGUGCAGUCCAGGACCCCCACUCCCCUCCUGCAGCAACAGCAGCAGCAUCAGAUGGGCCUGGCUGGGUCUCCCCUCACCCCGCAGCCCAGGUUACAGGACCCCAAGACAGGUCAGCCGGAGGACUCCCAACCAAAAGCGGAAAGGACUGACCAGCUCAAAGAGGAACCACACACGUCCGAGGAGGAAGGGUUUGGGUCAGCAGGGGAAUCCAAGGUCAAACUGGAGCCUUGGAGCCCGCAGGGAGGCGCCUGUGUGUCCCUGGGUGCACUGGACAGCAAGGCAGAGGGAGAGAGACGCAUGGUGGCAGCCAGGACUGAACCCCUAACUCCCAGCUCCGUGGUGAAGAAGCAGAAGCGCAGCAGCAAGAGGGGGCGAGGCGGAGGCGGGGUCGGGGAAGGGGAAGGGGGUGGGGGGUCAGACUCGGACUCUGACGGCUCGUCCUCCUCCUCGCGCUCCUCCUCUUCAUCUUCAUCAUCCUCAUGCUCUCGGUCUGGCUCCAGCUCCUCCUCCUCCUCUUCCUCCUCCUCCUCCUGCUCGUCAGGAUCCUCCUCUUCGUCAUCCUCCUCCUCUUCUUCCUCAGAAGACAGCGACAGCGACUCUGAGGACAGGAAGGAGAAUGUCGAAGUCACCCCUGUAGUGAAAGGUUUCGAUGAAGACAGCGUGGCGUCGCUCAGCACUACCCACGACGAGACUCAGGACAGCUUCCUCACUGACAACGGGCCACCCAGCUCUGCCCACGUCUUUCAGGGCGGGUACAUGCUCGCUGCCUCCUACUGGCCUAAGGAUCGGGGGAUGAUCAAUCGUCUGGACAGUAUUUGCCAGGCAGUGCUGAAAGGGAAAUGGCCCACAGUCAGGAAGAGCUACGAUGGCACUGCCGUGGCUUCCUUUUACACCACCAAGCUCCUGGACAGCCCAGGCGCAGACACAGGGCUCCAGGGGCACCCGGCUCCCCGGGACGAGCCGGCUCUGUCGUCUCCGAUGUCAAAGGUGAAGAAGCAUGUUCGAGAAAAGGAGUUUACAGUGAAAAUCAAUGACCAGGAAGGUGGCUUGAAGCUGACUUUCCAGAAGCAGGCCCCCCCCCAGAAGAGGCCUUUGGACAGCGAGGAGGGCCCUCUGGGGCAGCAGCAGUACUUGGCUCGCCUGCGGGAGCUGCAGAGCGCCUCAGACACCAGCCUGGCCGACUUUUCCAAGUCUCUGCCCGCUCCAGCAGCAGCAGCAGCAACAGCAGCCUCUAGCCAGUUGAGACCAAAUGGAGUGCUGGAUGGCCAGCCUGCCGUGAAGAAGAGGAGAGGCAGACGGAAGAACGUAGAGGGCAUGGACCUGCUCUUCAUGACUAAGAACAAGCCAGCUCCCAACCAUCUCAGCCCAGGUGGUGGCAGUGGCCCUAAGGACAGCUCCUGUGUGAACCCAGCACAGGUGCUCAGCCAGCCUCCAGGAGCGCUGGACACGGAGAGCAGAGUCCCGGUGAUUAACCUGAAGGACGGGACGCGGCUCGCUGGGCAUGAUGCACCGAAAAAGAAGGAUCUGGAGAAGUGGCUGAAGGACCACCCAGGAUAUGUAGCAGAUGUGGGAGCAUUCAUUCCUGGUAAAAUGACAUUUCAAGAUGGCAGACCCAAACAGAAGAGGCAUCGGUGUAGAAAUCCCAACAAGAUUGAUGUGAACAGCCUGACUGGAGAGGAAAGGGUGCAGGUCAUCAACCGGCGGAAUGCGAGAAAGGUGGGAGGAGCAUUUGCUCCUCCACUGAAGGACCUGUGCAGAUUCCUGCAAGAGAACCGGGAGUAUGGAGUACCGCCUGAAUGGGCAGAGGUAGUGAAGCAUUCGGGCUUCCUUCCAGAAAGCAUGUUCGACCGCAUUCUCACGGGACCGGUGGUUCGCCAGGAGGUGAGCAGACGAGGCCGGCGACCGAAGAGCGAGGUUUCCAAGGCGGUCGCUGGGAGCAGCGGCCCUGCGAUGGCUGUCAACCCUCUGCUGACCAACGGCCUGCUCUCAGAGAUGGACCUGUCCAGCCUGCAGGCCCUGCAGCAGAACCUCCAGAACCUCCAGUCCUUGCAGCUGACUGCCGGUCUGAUGGGCCUGCCAGCCGGAGACGCCAACAACCUGGCCUCCAUGUUUCCCAUGAUGCUCUCUGGCAUGGCAGGGCUGCCCAACCUGCUGGGCAUGAGCGGCCUGCUGGGCACAUGCCCUGAAGGGCCUGGCUCUGAGGACAGGAAGGGAAGCAGCGCUGACCCCUCUGCAGCGGAAGCCAAGGGUGACAGGACAGAAGGUCCCCUGGCUGGCUCGGGAGAAGCCUCCAUGACCAGCUCUCCUUCGACCUCCACUGCUGCACCACCAAGUGCUUCUGCUGUAGCCUCAGCAGCUGCAGCCUCAAACCACCCGCUGGCUCUUAACCCCUUGUUACUAUCCAGUAUGCUUUAUCCAGGGAUGCUACUCACACCAGGCCUUAAUCUUCCUAUUCCACCAUUGUCUCAGUCUAAUCUUUUCGACAUGCAGCAGAGUACAAACAGUGACUCAAGCGCCGCGAAGGCCUCAGAAGGAGCGGUGCAGGAAACCCCGGGCGAACCUCAGGAAGAGGGGAGCGGAGAGAGCGAGCGGGGGCCUGUCGGUGUGGACCCCCAGAGGGACAACAGCACAGAAGAGGGCUCUGAGAAAGGGGCUUCUUCUUCAUCGUCAGAGUCUGGAAGUUCAUCAUCUUCAUCGGAUGAUUCGGACUCGAGUGACGAAGACUGAGCCGAUGUGUGUGUGUGUGUGUGUGUGUGUGUGUGUGUGUGUGUAUAUAUACUGUACUUUAAAUUGUGAUUUUUUUUCUUUGUACAUAGCAACAAAAAAGUGUUUAAAAAAAAAAAAAAGAAAAGAAAGAGAAAACCCUAUCUAGGGGUAUCUGAAAUGAAAUUUCAGUAAUUGUUCAUAAGUACAAUAUUGUUUUGAAAUACAGUUUGCAUGUAAAACUUUAUUAGAUUUCUGAAUUUGUGAACUUCUUAUUACAGAAAGGUGUACAAUUGCAACAAAAGAAGAAAAAAAAGAAAGGCAUUAUAAUUUUAAUUUUUGUUGGGGUUUAAUUUUAUUAAAGAGUACGCUCGGGAUGAGCUGCACAUUUAAUAUAUUUGGAGUGAAAAAACAACAACUUUAUACAUAUUUUGAUUUAUUUUGUAAAUAGUUUUACAGCCUCCUUGACACUUCUAAUUUACAGAUCAAACUUUGGAAAAUGCUGCAAUAACUCGGGCAGCUAUUGAGUGUCACAGAAACUGUAGAAUCUCUGUGCUCCUCGCUGUCAUUUCUUCAGAUCCUCAAUGAUGGCUAGCAUUUCUGAUCGGAGGUCUUUGCUCUGGGACUCGCCCCGGUUCUGUUAGUGGCUUGGUUCUCUUUGUAUCGCAGGAUUUUCACAUUGACUGCAAUCUCCAGUCCGGUCCUGGACUGGGCAGUACAGACCGUGAGUCAGCAUUAUCCCCUCCCCCCCCCCAAAAAAUGUUGUUACAUAAACAGUAAAUUUACUGAACUGAAUCCAGUAUAUUUUACUGGAUCAGAAAAGUUGUGCACAUUUUAUUUUUUCUUAAGAAAUUGAAUCUGAAUUGCACUUUUAACCUCUACCCUUGAUUAAACAGUCCCUAGUGUUUAUCUCCAUGCCCGCAUUGUAAAUUUUAUAUUAGAGAGCUAACUGCUCUAUAGAGUUCCUGGUCAGAUCUGAAAUCAAGCCCCAUGUGAACUGGAGCAAUCCCCAAAUCCCCUGCUCCGACCGGGAAGGCGGCUCAGGGUGCUGUCUAGUGUUGUAGUGCACUGCUGACGAUAUUUCAAAUUCAGGUACAAUAAAAAAAACAUGUUUCCCAGUUAGCCAAUUUAAACUGGCUUUGUUACCUCAGCUGAGCUACAUUAUAAAGUGUACAGCAGUUUCAUUAAUUGUUUGCAACUGAAAGGUUUAAAACCCCACAGUAAUCCUGUGCAGUGCCGUGCUCAUCUAGCAGAUUGCUAUUUGCUUGCCAUGUUUUUCAUUGUAAGUUGUUUGUUCUAUGGUGGGCCUCCUCCUCCCUUCUAAAUUACCCAAGAAGGAGCAAAGGCCUGCAAGCUAUCAUGUUGAUAUCUGCUUGGCUGCAGUUAGUUCUAUUCCAUAAUGGUCUCGCGAUCUAGGCUGGACACUGAAAAGUAGAGAAGAUGAGUCUAUGGCUUCACUGAUAUCCGUGCUAUAAGCUGUGCCGAAUGCGGAAAUGAAUUAUGUUGCGUAAUUAAGUAUGCCAUCAUUAAACUGAUCCCUGGGCUUGCUAGGCUGCAGUGGCAUUAAUAUGAGAAACAAAAUGCGUUGUUACAGCAAAUGCAGACCACAAGGUGUUUUUCAUUGUUUUUGUACACAGAUUCAGCUAAAGUUAACAAAGUUAAGACAAAUGCAGCGCAGAGCAAAAGCAGGUACAGUGACUGUGCCGAUAGCUUAGAGAUUUAAAAGAUGAUGAUGAUGAACUGGUACAUUUAGAAUUGAGAAGCUAUCUGGGAGAUUAGCGAUGUUAUUGUUUGCUUUAAUAUUACAUCAAGAAAAGAACUGACCCAAGUUAAAGCAUGGAUCGCAUUCAAAAGGCAGUAUAUUGUGUAUCCUGUGUUCUGUGUGUGCCUCUGAGGUUGUGGAGAGUGCACAGUAUAUGUGGAGGAAACCUACACUAUUACCUUGCUAAAUAUAACACAGGCCCUCCUUCAUUAUAAAAUGGUAUUAUGUGAUCUUCAGUGUCCAUAAAACGGCAAUUGCAUUCAGAGUUCCUCUCCUAGUGACUGUGGAAAGUCUGCACUAUUUCAGUUUGGCAUAACAACACUAAAGCAACCAAAAUGUAUUGAUCGGGCGUCUAAAAUGUGUGUAGCGAUUCUCUUCUGAAUAUCAAGGUAAUUCAUCCACAACUUCAGUAUCAAUCAGAUAUUGUAAGGUAAAACUGUCCAGAAACUAGGAUGUAAGUAGGCAAGCAAAGGCGCUGCUGAAUGCACACACUGAAACCUUGUUCCGCUUCACACGGCUUCUGGAUAGUUUUGCCCUUUUAGUGUAAUGAUGACAAGUUUAAGUGUGCCGUUCAGUGGUGCUGAGUGGAGGAGGCGGUCUCAUUGUUGUCAGCAGCCUCUCCCCUCGACUGUGCGUGUACUGAUAGGUUGAAUUUGCAGUCUGUGCAAAGCUUGUCUGGUGCAGUUUUAGAUGGAGGAUUGGAGGAAAUACAGCGGAGGUAAAAAUAAGGCUUUGAAUUGGAAGCAGUGUGAGCCGUUCCAGGCAGCCUUGCGAGCUCAGUUACACGCGCACUAGACUUCACCCCUGGAGUGUGACUAAUACGUUCAGCUCAUAGCAGAACUAGGAAUGGUCUUGAACUGCUACGCAAUGGGAGUCAUCCACAGAAAAGAGCAAUUACAAAGAACGAGUGAACAAAGUGCGGAACUGAACAAGUGGCAGCAAUUAAGCAAGAGGAAAAGGCUGUUUUUAAAGAGGGGAGUCUGAUAGCGGAAACAGAAGCCCAGUCUAGACACCCACAGAACUGGCCAUGUGCAGCGUUGUGCUACCUUGUCCUGGGGGGGGGGCUGUGUUACAGUGACCUUCUUAAGGCGCUUUAUCAAAGGAAUGAAUCUUAAUAAAGUUGUGUAUCAUAUUAAAAAGAUGCGAUUCUUGCACAAUUUGAGAGUCCACAGAAUAUAAAUGAUUGAUCUGAUAUUAUGAGUGUGAGCAGCCUGUAAUCUUACACUUUGUUCUGCUUUGUUCACUACCACAAAGAGGUCAUAUUCAAGACAGAGGCUUAAUGUUUUUUUUUUAAUCCAUUAUAAUAACAUAAAACGUUUGUCUAAAUUACUUUAAAUGACUACUUAUUGAGUAAGGUAUUUGUCUAUAUGAAUUAAUUUUCUGCAGGAAAACCCGUUGUAAAAGUAUAGCUACUGCGACAUGCUCGCGUCCACUCGUGGGGAGGACAAAAGAAAAAAGCGAGAUAAAUUGGUAUUUUGUAUUCCUGUCUUUUUUUUUUUUCUUUUUUUUUAUCGUCUAAAAUGCCGUGGGCACUGUACGAAAGCAGCCUGGCUUUUCCUAAUCUGGACCUUGGUGAGUUUGACACCUGCAAGAAAAAAAAAGAAAAAUCUCAAAAACUGUCCCUUAACCCUAUGAUGAUGUCCCUGUAUGGCUAAAAUCUUAUUUAUUUGUAAAUUAUGCAAUCAAAUGAGGAUAUUAUAUUCUGAAUAUGAAAAUAACUUUUUUUUUAUUAUUAUUAUUUUUUUUUAGUGUGCUCGGACUACAGCAACAAACUACAAGUGCUGCACUGUUUAAUAUCAAGACUUAAAAAGUCCCCAAUAAUGGAGAUCUAUCAAUUAAAACACACGGAAUUGAAAGUGUAUCAGCCAACCAAUAUGCAAAUAGUCUUCUGUGUGCAGGUGUCGCAGCAAAACGGAAAAUUUACACUAAUAAACGACAAAGUUAAAUCAUUUAAAUGGAAAUAAUUUAUGUAAAGUAGUUGCUGGAGAAAAUGAGCUGUUCUUGCCUUGUAUUUGUAUCCUUUGUUCCAAGCUUGAUGAUACCUUGAAAAGUCACUCAGAAGUCCAGUUUUCCUGUAGUCAAAAUAAUGCUUUCUGUAGUUGAGGAAAAGCUUCUUACAAAAAAAAGGCAUUUGUAAUUUAUUGAAUUACUUUCUAUGAAGUUCUAUAGAGCAAAUGGAAGUUUAAUUAUUUUUAUUAAACAUAUUCUUUUGACUAUC